GUAUGCUGAGAGAUGAUGUUGUUGUCGGUGGAUGCUGUUGAGUGUUGACACAACUCUUAUUGGAGCUGUCAGUCGGCGCGUAGCCGGCGGAGAUUUCUCUUUGAUCUCAAUCUGUCACGAAACUGUCAUCACCACUUCUUCACAAGAAAUUUCACACCGACUUCCACCGAGUGAGCACGUCACGGGUCUUCCCGUUUGAGAGAGUGUGCGUGCGCGUAGAUCCUCGGAAAGUUUAUGCAUUAGGAGGUGGUUGGGUUGGAAAUUUUUGGUGAACACUUUCCUUCUCCCAUUGCGCCACCACCCUCGCUUGCGCUCGCAAAUAAGGAUCUGAUCCACCCUCCACCCUCGGCUCUCUGUGUCAUAAAAUUCGUCACGGCACAUUCGUCCGUCGUCGAUGGCGUUCUCGUCGUCCGUCGUGUGUUUGCGUGACAGGACCUUUUUUUGGGAUUUCUGUGGAUUUUGUUGAGGGUAAAAGUGUGCGGUCUGCUUCUGACAGCCUUCAGUCAGUCAGGAGACGGCAGUGACGAAAUUUGGACGCUACUUUUUCCCGGGAAAAACCCCUCCGGAGAAAGACUUUCACCAGAACAGUGAACAAACAGUGUCAGGAUUCCCUUAUUGCCCGUCGCGGAUUUUCUCUCUCUUGAACUUAACAAUCGCUUUCAUCCGUCUUUGAUGUGUGUGAGUCUUCUUCGUUUGCUUCACGGAGUGCUUUAAAUCUGAUCUUCUUCGGAAAAAAAGAGAUUCGUCUACGAGACGACCACGACGUUGAUGUCCAAUCAAUCAAUUUUUCACACCCAGACUAGCAGGGCAGAACACAAAUCUAAUCUGAUUUUUUCCCCGAUGCGACGACACAGUGACUAAUGUCAGUUUCCUUUGUUUAUUUUCAUCCCAAAAUCCAACAGAUGUGUCAAAAAAGCUGAACAGCAUGGAUUAAAGUUCCUGAUAAGUGAUAAGAGCAGUGAUUUUAUUAUAAAGCUCUUCUCGAUUAAAUAGUGUGCUGUGAGUGAGACAAAACAAAAGUGAAUUUUUAAAACCCCGCAUGAAAAACGGGAAAUCAACGAGGAAAGCGUAUCAAACAGCAGAGAGAAAAAUUGGCUGCUGAUGAUUGCCUACCGUCGGGAGUAAAACGUCAACGCUUACAAGGAAUCAGAAAUCCGGAAAUCAAAGACUAUUGUCAUUUCCUCACUCGAUAUGACACCAUUUAUAUUCAUAACAAAAGAGGAAUGAUUCACUCCUUGAAAUUUGAUACCUGAUAUGCGUAAACGUUAAGAACACAACAACAAGUUCGAUAAAUAAAUUCAAAUUUGGAAUGGCCAGCCCCGGUUCCCCGAAAUCCAGGACCACCAGGAAGCACCUCUAAAUCAACUCGGAUGUCACCGAAACAGGAAUGGAAAAAUUAAUCCACUUUGCAGUUUGUUGGACGAAGCCAUCGAUGGAGCUAGACUAAAAGACCGCCGAUAGCGGGAAAAAUUACGCGAGACUCCAACAUUUUCUCGUUUCUACCAUCAACAAUAACUUCAACCAAAACGCGAUGGCCCCUCGAAUCCCGAUGGAAAAUCGUGGGAAACAAUCAAUGCCAAAUUGAUGAACUGCAAUUUAUGCAAAUCGGAUUCGUUGUUUGCAAAAACGUGAACGCGGAUUUCCUCCUGCACCCGAAACGCGGAUUGUGAUCAAACUUUUGACGCCCCCAUUCCCUUUCCAAAAGCAUACAAAAACACCCCCAAAAAGGCGCCAAAAUCACGUAACACAUCACAUCCGAAACGUUUCUCACAAAUUUCUGUCCCUCUGUCUGUAUGAUUUUCCAUCUCGAAUGUCCGUUUCUGAUUCCGGUUUCUUGGUGAAGUGCAAUAAGAUCAUGUUGAGGUACUGAAGUUGUAAUCUUUCAACACGGUAGAGAAAAAAGGGCGGGGAAAAGUCUAAUAACAGGAAGAAGAAAGGCAUCCUGAACGUGCUUGCUGGUCUGUGAAAAUAGUGUCCGUCUUCUGUGUUGAGUGUUGAGAAGAAAAAGUGCAAUUUCGAAAAGAGGACACAGUGUAUUUGUUCACCCACAGUCUUAUUACCGGGGACAAAAAAAAAAACACCAGGAAGAAGAUAUAACCUCAAGAAAAGUCCAACCAAAAGAGUCACACCCGCACACAAGAUGCAAGAUAAUAGCAUAGCCACGGUUCCUUCGGUGGUGUCCGGUGCAGCUUCCGGUUUGGUGGGGAGUGGCGGGCUUCACAGUUCUGCCGGUACCACAACCGGAUCCGGUGGGGGAAGCUCGGGUGCGGGUGGCGGUGGGGGUGGAGGAAGUGCCAAUACUGCUCCGGUCACAGCAUCUCCAAAUAACAAUAGCAAUCACAGCAGCAGCAGCAACACCACCGUGGGAGGCGGAAGUGGACUCAGCGAGUUCGAUCAGGCACAAUUCGAGGCGGACAAACGGGCAGUGUACAAACAUCCACUUUUUUCUCUGUUAGCUUUGCUCCUAGAAAAAUGUGAACAAGCGACGCAAGGUUACUAUCCCUCCUCGAACUCCUCCAGCCCCAAUGGAUCCAGCAAUGGGACCGAUGGCGAUAGCUUUUCCCGAGACAUUCAGGCUUUCGUCCAGCUGCUCGAAAAGGAGAAGCGGCCGCUGCUAACGAACAACACCGAACUCGACAGCCUUAUGAUCAAAGCCCUGCAAGUCCUAAGGAUACACCUGCUGGAGCUGGAGAAGGUGCAGGAGCUGUGCCGGGACUUCUGUACCCGCUACAUUGCCUGUUUGCGGGGCAAAAUGCAGUCGGAGAAUUUGCUUCGAUCGGACUACGCCCUGGAACACAACAACAACCUCUCGAACUCGAACAGUCCGAUCAACAGCCCGGAACAGGAUCUUUCGGGAAGUGCUCAAGGCUACUACCAGAACACAGACUAUCUCACCACCAAUGACACCAGCGAGUUCAACAAUAUGCAGACAUCCCUAUCCUACUGAGAAGGGGAAAUGUGCCCUGGUCGCACAAAUCAAUCCGUCACUAUUGCAGGUCAAUGAUUGGUUCAUCAGUACUAAACGUCGUCCACUCCAGCAACCCAAUAAGUAAAUCGACCAGUUCAGAUUAUUUCACGCAUCAAGUGACUGUUGUCUAAAAGUUCCCAUUCAAAGUUACCAAAAGUCUUAGAACAAAUAGCCAAGUGCAACGAAUCCAAACUUCCACUCCAACCAGUCAAAUCCGCUGAUGAUCGAGGGCAACAUCGAAAACAUCAGUUCCAAUGUGGAUCGUGCCACCCUCAAGAUGACUUCCGUUCAGAUUGCUUCCAAAAGCAACGACUACAAGAAAACAACAAAAACAACAGAAAUCGCACGUAAGUCCCGAGGAUGAAUCAAACUAGAAAAAAUAUUUACUGAAAUGUGAAACCAAAACCUCAAAAUACGUAACUAAUGUAUACUAAGCGAAAAUGUGAGAGAAACUAUGAAGAAAAAACACAAACAAAUGAAAAACUUGAAGAAAAAGUGCAAUGUGCUUACCACAAAUAGAGGUAUACUACUAUUUUAGACUUCCCCAUUUUUUACGUAUACGAAGUGCAACGCAAAUGCCAUACAAACAAACAACCGAGUCUAGUUCGUUUUUUUUUCAUCAGUUCGUAUCUCCCUAUUCGUAAUUGCAACCGGUUAUACGAUAUAGUUUGUAGUUAAUUUUUAACUGAGUUGUUAGGAGUGAGAGAGAUAUUUUUUUUUGCUAGAGCAAGCAAGAAUUUUGGGUUGCAGCAAAUCGCAUCCCCCAGCAGCAAUUAUUAGGUAAUCCAGCUGGGAUGGACAGAGUCAAGUCAACAAAACAGAAACAGAAACCGAAACAAUUUUCCAACCAUUUCAAACCUACUAGCUAUCUACUAAUCAAAUCGCAAACGUGUCACUUUGCUAAACUUUGCGUGCUCAAUUAUUCAUAUGCGUAUUUGUGGUUGUCCAUUAUUGACGAGGAGGUAUUAAUUGAGACGAGUAUGUUUCUGUCUUUAAAUAUUCAUCGCAAACCGACUGCCGGCCAUUAGCUGCAGUUGGGCUUUUAAUAUUAAUGGUUUCCUAAUUUGAUACAAAUAUUUGGAAUUUUUUUAAGCAUUUUGAAAAAGCCACAGUUUAAUUCUAUCAUCAAGGGCAAAAAUAUUUGAUGUCCUCAAUUUGAAAAGUUUCGCCUAUAAGUAGGCUAAUCAGUUGCAAAUCUCAAAAAGUUAUAAAGAAUAAUUUUGUCCUUCUAUCGUCAAUUCAUGAUUUUGACAUUUUUCUUCGAUUUUUGAAUCCUUUUUUUUAAUCAAAAGGAAUCUUUUGAUUGCUUUGAUUAGAAUUUUUCAACCUAGUAGGCUCAAAACACAUAUUACAGUGGAAAUUGCAAUUUUUCUCUUCAAUCUAAAUGGUCGGGAUGCGACCAGACCGAACUGAACGCCAUAAACUUGAUUUCAAGAAAAUCGAGUUCAAAGUUCACAGCCCUACCAAUUGAUACCAUUUUAUUAGAUAUCUCAUUUAAUCAUUUUACCAUCACAUUUAGACUCUUAUAAAGCCGUGGAAGCUAUACUGGUCGAUUUCUGAUUACACUAUAAGCCGAAAACUGAAUUUUAAUAGCAAUAUGUUUGCACCCAGUUCACUCUGGUCGAACCAAAAUGUUGAAAAAAUUGCCAUGUGCUAACAUUUGCCUGGGUCAUUUGUUCUGAACGUAGGAGCCUACUAAUAGGCGCUUUACGAGCAGCACCCAACGAGUAUGGCUGAUGCUUGGAAAAAGUUUUUUUUUCGUUGAGCCAGAGUGAACCGAGCCAUACAAAUUUCGCACUUUUGAAAUCCGGAAUAUCUUUGAAUGUGACUUACCGGUUGCGUUCUGAACGACAGUAAGCAAUAAAAUAAAGUAUCUUUUAUCGUAAAAUGUUAAAAGUUCUAACAUCCCCUUGAGUAAAUUGGAAAACAAAACUCAAGGGAUUCGGUUCAGUCUGGCGGAGCGAAAUUUUAACAAAUGCUUACAAUCCGAAAUAUAAAGUUUUUAUCCACGGGAACGUUUUUUAUCAUUUAAUUUAUCAGAUAUUAAUUCGUGACGAGCCGAAGAACUGUUUUGAAUCGAAAAAACCAACACACAUAAGAUUUUUUCGCACAAAAUCAGUUUUCAUGACCAAAACAGAAUUUUUGUCUUAACCUCUAAGGGUGCUCUCAGUUCACUUUGGCGCAACGCAUUUUUGCCAUUUCUACUGUCUGCAACAUUGAAAUUUUCUAAUAAAAUCAGAAAAAAUAGGACAAAUGUUCUGAUUUUCAUUGGACAGAUAGUUUAUUAUGUUUUACAUCCGCUGCAAUACAUAACUCAAUUUUUUUCAAAUUGGCGUUCAGUUCGGUCUGGUCGAAUCCAGGCCAAAUAAUGUCAGGAAAAAAUUUCCUUAGGAAUCAGAUUCAUAAUGUAGUGUGACAUGGUCGAUUUUCUGGACAACAUUCCCGGGUUCUAAAUGUGUCAACGGUGCCAUUUUUCAUUUCCAAACAAAUCUUAACUAUUGUUUAAAUUAUCCCCUGCCCUCCCCCGGUGUCGUAGGAUAAAAUCUAAUGAAAGCCAAAAGCUGACGACGACGUUCAGUGUUCUUUGCUCCCUUUCAGUCCCCUGUCAGGGGGGUGUGAAAUUCAAAUCAAACACAUUAAUUUGAAUAGAAAAACCAUUUGUAAACAAAAGCGGUCCCUGCUGCUGCUGACUUUCGUCGUCGGUUAUUGUUUGUGUUUGGUAUUUGCCAUUCAUUAAACAUUGGCGCCGCCCCUCUUCCCUGUUUCCCCUUGUGCGUUUGUUUUUUUUUUGUUUUCCGAAGGCAUCGAGCACGUGAACUCUCAAAACUCGAACCCAAAUCGACGCGAAUGUGAGGUUAUGAGAAUGGUCAAAGCACGUGAUAAUGUAAAUGGGUCCCGUUUGAAAUUUUUCGUUGCCGUUUUUUUUUGGAACAUCAAGAAAGGAAUCAAAUUAUUUCUUCUUGUUACGAAACCUGUAAUUCAAUGAAUUUAAUUUCAAAUAAAAAAAGGGACAAUACACAGGUACGUAUGAACUGCCAAGAACCACGAUAAAAAGAGCAAACCUCGAGGAGUGUGUUUUUCCUAUAAAUAAUUAUGACAUCGGCAAUGGAAUCGGCCGAAUUUGGCUGCUCGAAUCACGAGGAGAAAAUGAUGAAAAUAUGAUAAUUAAUUAAUGAGAGUGCCACACCCCUUCCCUUCCUUCGAAAGUUGAAAUCGUAUUCGUCGAGCUGUUGUUGUUUUUCCGUCGUAUGUUUCGGUUUUGUUUCAAUUUCUCCCUUCAACAACCGGCAUCGGGUAAACCAAAUGGGACAGCAGAUGUCAAACUCGCGAAGCAAGGACACAGGGCUCGUGUGGAAAGUAACCAUUCCAUCGGAAAUAAACAUCAUUAACGCCGGUAAAUUCGCGCGAUCAUGCCCGUCGAGUUGAAUUGAUUAAUAUUUAUUACAAAUAAUGAGGUUGUUUGUUUGCCGGGGGAUUUUUUCGUUUGAGUUGAGAGCUGAUGGUCCUUCGAACCGGAUUCGAAUCGCUCGCUACGCGUAACUCAAUCAGAAAACGGCAACGACAAACGACAGAAAACAAUCUCCGACCAACAGUCAACCGGGGUGACUAAAUUUAGGAGGUGGAUGUUAUAACCAACAUUGAAUAAAUAUUAUUUACAUAUUGAUUUGGUGAGAAGGGUUUCGUCGAGUUGUGUACUAUUUUGUUUCGUUUUUUAACUCUCUUCGAUUGCUCACCUUUUUCCGUAGGUACCUGUACUGUUUACUUCAAUUUCGAAUCUAAAUUGUCGCAUUAGCAGGACGUUAAUUGAAUGAUUAUGAUAAUGGUACUGAUAGACACGCGCGCGCACACCUGCGUGUUUUUGUAAAACAAGGGAGCAACGAAACAAAGUAAAUAUUUGAAAGAGUGCGGUCGAAACCUUUUUGGAUCAGCUGAAACCUUCUUCUUUGGCCAACUGGACUAAAAUCGGUACAAAGCUAAACCGACGAACAUCGAAACUCUUAUCCCGAAUCAACAAAGCAAUUCACGCUAACUAGUAAUCUAUGAGUUCGUAAUUUGUUCUACCGACCAGUUAUUCACCGAAAUUUUACUGUUUGUUCGAUUAAAUUUACAGACUUUUCUGGAAACAUUCAGUAAAUUGGUUAAAAUUACCGAAAUUUCGGUAAAAAUUACCAAAAGUUCAGUCAAAAUUUACCGAAAUUUUGGUGAUAAAAAUGCUUAAUUCGUUUUUCGGUAAGUAUUACGAUACUUCGGUAAAAGCAACCGAGCUGCAGCUACUUUAGCAGAUUGUUCAGUACACCUUUUUUGACGCACAAACUAUGGGUACUUUGCAUAAUUACAGUCACUCAGUCAUUUAAAAAAAUAUCAAACUGGUUAAUGUACUCCACAUGUUGAAAAUUCGGUAAAAAUAUACCUACUGGUUUCGGCGAUUUCCGCUAACUGUGUAUAAUCAUCGAUUAAAGGGAAAUUUUGAUGUCGUAUAGGGUCAAUUGGCAACAUAAAACUCCUACUCCAGCAAAGCAUUGCCAAGUUUUAUAAAAACGCAGGAUCAUUAAACUUGGUAGACAAUUGAGAUCAAAUCCAGUUUCACAAACCCAAGAACUUCUGAAGGCAAACAUUAAGUAAAAACCUUCUCAGAAACUUAAAAAGUAUCGCAUGGAUAGUAGGGUACCCAAAAAUCACACUAUCACCCUUAUUCUGGUUUACGGCGUAUCUGCCUUUCGUUCGAACGGAUACUUUCGAACGAAUUCGAAAAAGCUAUUCCUGUUUUCGUUCGAAUGCGAUACGUUCGAUGUUGGUGUUACCAGAUGAACUUCGAAAUUUUUUGGCAGCAUUGACAUUUCUCGUCUGCCAAUUAAAAGUAAACAAAUUGUGUGAUUUUGUGAAAUUUGUGACUGUCGGGGCGGAGGACUGCAGGGAAACAGCUAUAAGACUUAGCAACCGAACCAGAAAAGUGCAUCAACAGCAGCAGAUGUAAGAAAAAUCCGGUGAUAUCUAGACAAUUUUAAAAUUUCAACGAGUCAAGGCCGAUAACAGCCGGCGGUGGUAGUGGUGCUAUGGUUGUUGCUGGUGAAAAUUUGCCCCGUCUUAACAGACGUGUGGUACUGAAUUUCGAUCUGCAAAUUAAAAACUAUUGAAAUAAAUUUAAGUUUUUACUCUCUAGAAUUUUUUUUCUUAUACGAUAUUGUACACGGAAAAUAAUAAAAAGGUAAAAUAUGCCGAGUAGCGAGGUACUUUUUUCCACCCCUCUUUCGAGGUAAAUUUUACCAUUUCACGUAGCCAAAAGGUGAAUUGUACCGUUUUUCUUUUUACCUAGAAAAAAGGUAAAUUUUACCUUUUUGGGAUACACUGAGCGAAAAGGUACAUUCUACCGGUUUCCCAUUCACUAUCUUAAAGGGUUCUGCUUAUUCACUAAAUUAAAUGAAACAAAGACACAAAUUCAUUCAAGAUUUAAUUUUUAUUUUUUAUUACCUAUGUCAUUAAUGUUUUGGAAAUCUAUGUUUUAAUAAUGUUCUUCUCCGUUUUUUUCUCGAAUGCUCCGUUUUGACGGAGGAAAACACUCCCAAGUAACCAAAAGUUCCAUAAAACGGUCUUUCAGAAGCUUACUCAGCCCUGUUUCCGGGCUGUAUAGCCUUCUACUCAGCUUAAAAUUUAAGUUCUUAUUGAUACUUUAAAGUCUCAAAAUCAAAGCUGAGUAGAAGGCUAUUCAGCCAUUGCAUGAGAUUUUGAAUAAAAAGAUUUUUUUCAAAAAGUAUUGUAGGGGUAUUUACUUUACCCCCCUCUCCCAUUGAAAUUCUAUUCAUUUCAUUUUUAUUAUACCUACUAUUCCCGUUACUCUAAAUGAAUUUUAUACUUACAAUUUUCAUGAAGAUUUGAACCUGAACCUUUUUGGUGAAAACUGAACAUGCUACCUCUGUACCAUAGCCAAUACUUAGAUUGAUGUUAUCUAAAACUUCUAUUCAAAGUUAACUCUGGUUUAUCACCUUUUUCGAGUAGGCUUAGUAUUUAAAAUGUGAACAUUUGCAUCCAUCAAAUAAUGCAUCAUUUAUUUUCAAAGCGGACUCGCAUGGUUUGUGAUUAAACGUAAGUUUUUAAAUGUUUGAUUUUGCUUUUUGUAAAAUGUGUGCCUUACUUUUUUGUUUCAAGUUCUAGUUUAAAAAAGAAGAACCAAUAAUGUGCUGCGAUAUCUCUUCCAAGUUUAAAUUUUCUGCAACAGCAAAUGGAAAGCCAUAUUGAGCUCGUGAAUUAGUAUGGUUUUUUAAAAUGAGUUUUAUUUGUUCUGUGCCACUAACGAUAUUUUUCAAAUUUUAGAUUCUUGUUGGAUUAAAUCAAAAAACAAAUUUCUUCAAAUAGGCCUGAAAAAAAAAUCAGAAGUCGCAUAGUUUUAAGUUUUUCUCAUAUGAGGGCUUCUCCCGGUACCUACCAACCAGUGGAGACCUUGCUUUAGGCCGCUCCGCUUCGUCUGUAAAGCUGCUCCUUCAUGAAGAAAAUUAAGGAAAAUGAUAAAAUAUGAUUCGGUGUGAAUAUAUACUAUCAUUGAAAACAAUUUGAAAACAAAAUUUGAAUAAAAAUUUGAUUUUUUUGUUUGUUUGGCUCAAAAACAAAACUAUGGAUUAUUAAUGUUCUAAAAGUAAAGAAUUUGUGGAAAGCUGGUGCAGAAACUUGUUUUGGAUUUAGUAAAAUAUUCCCUUAGUAUCAUUUACUUAUGAACCUGGACUUUUCCAUUCCAAUGUUCUUUUCCUAACAUCAUUCUUGUUCUAAUCGCCGACGGAGAUAGUAAAACCUACCAUUCUUUUAUUUUUUGUAAAUAAUGUAUACGUUUGCAUUGAAGUUCUUAAGAAGUUCCUCAUGGAACCAAAACGUUCGUAACAAGUUCUUCAUGGAUCCAAAAAGUUCGUAAGAAGUUCGUAACGAAGCCCGAUAGUCCAAAUUGAAUCCUGGAUUUUUAAAGGUACUUGGAACGCACAAAAAUGAUCUAUGGUACUUUUUUAGACUUUUUAUGUUCGUUCAGAAGUCCGAUUCAAGCACUUAUAUUUAAUUCUCUCGAGGACCUUUUACAGCCAAAUGUGAACUUUUAAUGUACUACAGGAUUAAGUAUCUAUGAGACUUUUGGUUACUUGGGACUAUUGCACCCUCUCGGCCAUCAACGCUGCCUUUUCCGUGUCCACCAUGGCCGCUGAAUCCUCCUACAAUUAGCACAUUUCGUUCCUUCUCCGUUCGACUCAUCCGACCAACUGGGGGAUAAUAUUGGCUGUUCCGGAAUGAUGAGGAAAACACUUCGUAGCUCAGUAGGCCAAUCUGUAAUAUAGUUUUAUGAUGAGAACCAGCACAACAAAAUGAAAUCUAAUGCUAAAUUUACCUUUCUGCUUCUAUUUUCACGUAUUGCGCACGAAACAAAACUUAUUCCUGAAUGAAAAAACAACUUAACGUCAAUAAACGGGUUCGGAAAAUAGUUACCUUUGUUUCGAGGUGAAUUGUACCGUUUUGUUCAGCGCAAUCCAGGUCAAUUUCACCUUGCUACGCGGUAAGCUUUACCUCGAAGAGGUAGAAAGCACCUUUUUUUUACCUUUUUUUCUAGGUGAAUUUUACCUUUUUUGUCUGCUCGAUUCAGGUAAACUUUACCUCGUUGUGAGGUGAGUUUCACCUCGGUGAGGUAAAAGUUACCUUUUUGGAUUUCACAAGCAUUUACCUUUUUAUCUCGGUAAAUUUUACCUUUUUAUUAUUUUCCGUGUACUAAUUCAACAAAAACACAACCAUUCGUUCGAAUGUCGAGUAGAUUCCGAGCACGCAAAGCUGAUUUUGUGAUGCUGAAGAAAAUUCCUGGAGAGGGAAAGAUAGGAACGAUUUAAAACUAUGACUAAAUGAAAAUUUCUUUCGUCUUGAAAAUGUAUUUAGAAACAUACGGUUUCGUAUUUCAACUGAUAAUAAUUUUAGUAUUUCCAACCACAAUACAAAAUUCCACAAUCGGUAUAAGAUUUCACUAAUUUCACUUCAAACGGUUCGCAGUAUCAGACUCGCGUUUGUCGGCCCAUAGAGAAAAUACGUUUGAACGAAAAUGGGAAUGCAACGUUUUGUUCGUUCGAACUAUGUUCGAAAAAUCGAACUGUUUUCAUUCGUUCGAACGAAAACAAGAAUACGAAUUUCCUGCUCAACCUAAGCUUCAACUCCUAGGCAGAACGAUCACUCAAUCGAGGAGUUUCAAGUAUCUUGGGGUUUGGUUUGAUUCCAAGUGUACCUGGAGAGCCCACAUUGAGUAUCUGAAAGGAAAAUGCCAACAAAGAAUCAAUUUUCUCCGAUCAAUUACUGGCACCUGGUGGGGAGCCCAUCCAGAAGAUCUUAUCAAAUUGUAUCGAACAACUAUUCUAUCCGUUAUGGAAUAUGGUAGCUUCUGUUUCCAGUCAGCUGCCAAAACUCACCUCAUCAAACUAGAGCGUAUCCAAUACCGUUGUCUCCGUAUCGCUUUGGGCUGUAUGCCCUCAACACACAACAUGAGUCUUGAAGUUUUGGCAGGAAUACUCCCUUUGAAAGAUCGAUUCAAUUUACUAUCACUUCGGUUCCUCAUCAGGUGUGAGGUCAUGAACCCAUUGGUGAUUGUAAAUUUCGAAAGGUUACUUGAGCAAAAUGUUCAAACCAGAUUUAUGUCUAUAUACCAUAUCCUCAUGUCAAUGCAGGUAAACCCUUCUUCGUAUUCUCCAACUCGUGUUUGUAGCCCAGACUACGAUCAUUCUUCUGUCCAGUUUGAUUUGUCUAUGCAGCAGGAAAUUCGUGGAAUCCCGGAUCCGCAUCGUCCUCUUCUGAUUCCAAGAAUUUUCGAAGCUAAAUAUAGACACGUCGAUGCUGAUAAAAUGUACUUUACCGAUGGAUCACUUAUAGAGGAAACAACAGGAUUUGGAGUGUUCAACGAAAUAUCCAGCGCAUCUCACAGUCUCCAGUCACCAUGCUCUGUAUAUGUUGCAGAGUUAGCAGCUAUUCACUGGGCUUUGAAUAGUAUUGCCACACGACCUAUUGAACACUACUAUAUUAUAACUGAUAGUCUCAGCUCUGUUGAAGCAAUCCGCUCUAUAAAACCAGGAAAAUUCACGCCGUACUUCCUCGAAAUGAUACGAGAUAUAUUGACCACUUUAUCAAGACGUUGCUUUUCUAUCACCUUUAUCUGGGUCCCCUCACAUUGCUCAAUAGCAGGCAAUGAGAGGGCAGAUUCCCUUGCAAAAGUGGGUGCGAUGGAAGGCAACAUUUACCAGCGUGAAAUCGUAUUCAACGAAUUUUACUUCUUGGCUCGAAGAAACUCUCUUGUCAACUGGCAGCGUAGAUGGGACGAGGAUGAGUUGGGUCGGUGGUUCCACUCGAUUAUCCCAAAGGUAAGCCUUAAACCCUGGUUUAAUAGAUUGAACCUGACUCGGGAUUUUAUUCGUAUAUUUUCCCGUCUCAUGUCCAAUCAUUAUUCCAUGAAUGCGGUACUCUAUCGUUUAAAUAUUGCUGGCAGCAAUUUAUGCGGAUGUGGUCUAGGUUACCAUGACAUCGACAUGACCAUGUUUGGUCGUGUGAGGACCACCUAUUCGCCAGAGCGAACUUUAUAGAUUCCCUUCGGGCCCGAGGAAAACCACCCGACGUUCCAGUGAGGGAUGUAUUAGGUAUGAUGGACUUGGACUAUAUGUUCGAGAUAUACCUUUUCCUAAAAGCUAUCGAUCUUCGACUAUAAUUCUCUUUAUUUUCAUAUUUCCCUUUCUAUCUUUCUUUUUCUUCAAAAAAAAAAAAGUGAACUAGAUCUAAGUACACAAUUGUAAUCAAACAAAACGAGUUUGGCUCCUUAAAGCCUAAAGGUAUGAGCCGUUUCAAAUAAAUAAUUUACAAAAAAAAAAAAAAAAAAGAAUACGAAUUUGCCUAACUUUCGAACGAAUGCCAUUCGAUCGAAAACGAGAAUAAGGGUGUAUGUCUGGGAUUCUGGGGUCUCAACCUCCAAACAACAGUAUAGGGUGGUCAAGAGUUUCUUGCAAAUGGCCUUAUUUUGAAGCCAGCGGAUACCAGAAAAUUAAUUUCUUUAUGCAGAUUUAGCACCAUAGGUGGUAUGAAAAAAACCUAGUAAUAGCUUUUGCUAAACUAAAUCGUGCAGUCGAGCAGUCGCUCAAAGCAAUUGCUUCAGUUGUUAUGAAUAACGGUUGUUUUGACAGCUGUUUUCUCAGUCAGGAGCUUUUAGUUUUAGAACAAGCUAGUUUGGUAUGAAUAAAGCCCAAAUCUGAAGCAAUCGCUCGCCAAAUCUCCUAGCAAUUCCUUUAUUUUCUAAGCAUACUCGGUAGCAGACUUUUCCAACAAAAAUAAGCAAUAAUACACUUCAAUACAAUUCAAAAAAGGCAUUUUCAACAUGGAUUAAGAAAAGUCGAAGUGAUAACCCUACCUUUUUUCAUAUUCCUGUCGUUGUCAGAAUUGUCAAAAAUGUCAAAAGUGUUAAAAUGUCAAAAAUGUCAAAAUUAUCAAAAUUGUCAAAAUUCAAGGAAUAUUUAAAUAAGGUAGUGCCGAGAGCCAUAUUGGAUUUUUUUGUGACGUCACAAAAACGAUUGUAUCGAAAAUUUAUAUGAGAAUGGAAGGAAUUUCAAAGAAAACGCGUUUUCGAACGAAAAUGAAUUCCAAUUUCAUUUCGAUUAUGUUGUAAGGCCUUUUUUCACAAUUUUAUGAAGUUUUUUGGUCCUUUGAAGAUUGCAUUAUGUUUUUUUUCCUUAUUUUAUUAAUGAAUGUAAUGUCGCCUUUAAGCUAAAACGUUCAAAAAUGAAGAAAAAUCAGCUUUUGAAACGUCUAGCUGGUAGAUAUUGAGUGUUCGACUGAUUGUUAGCUUAAAAAGCACUGACUUGAACAAUUUCAUGGAAGACUUUGAAAUAAUUUUAAAGUUUUGCAAAUUACAGUGGUGAAAAUCCACCAUUUUUUCUAACUUCGGUGGUCUAUUUUAUAGAAAAAUUAUUCGGAAAUACAACUUUUUUGUACCGAUCUUGAAGAGCAAGAAUCCUUCUACAAUAACAUGUUUUCAAAGUGGAAAAUUCCAGUAGAUUCUUUGAAAUAUCAGCGAAAAAGACAAGUUUCCUAGUAAAUUAACAGAUUUGUGGUGAUUGUGACUUCUCAGCCUGUACCAAUACUAAAGCAGGGCUGCCUUGGCACUACCUUCUUUAAAUAUUCCUUGGUCAAAAUUGUCAAAAAUGUCAAAAUUGCCAAAAUUUGUAAAAUUUUCAAAAGUGUCAAAAUUGCCAAAUUGUCAAAAUUGCCAAAAUUGUCAAAAUGUAAAAAUUGUCAAAAUUGUCACAAUUGUCAAAAUUGUCAAAAUUGUCAAAAUUGCCAAAAUUGUCAAAACUUGUCAAAAUUGUCGAAAUUGUCAAAAUUGUCAAGAUUGACAAAAUUGCCAAAAUUGUCAAAAUUGCCAUAAUUGUCAAAAUUGUAAAAAUUUGUCAAAAAUGUCAAAAUUCACAAAAUUGUUAAAUUGUCAAAAUUGUCAAGAUUGUCAAAAUUGUCAAAAAUGUCAAAAAUGUGAAAAUUGUCAAAACUUGCCAAAAUUGUCAAAAUUAAUAAAAUUUUUAAAAUUGUCAACAUUGUCAAAAUUGUCAAAAUUGAUAAAAAUGUCAAAAAUGUAAAAAUUGUCAAAAUUAUUAAAACUGUCAAAAUUUUCAAAAUUUUCAAAAUUGUCAAAAUUGCCAAAAUUGUCAAAAUUGCCAGAAUUGUCAAAAUUGCCAAAAUUGUCAAAAUUGCCAAAAUUGCUAAAAUUGUUAAAAUUGGCAAAAAUUGUCAAAAUUGUAAAAAUUUGUCAAAAUUUUCAAAAUUGUCAAAAUUGUCAAAAUUGUCAAAACUGCCAAAAUUGCCAAAAUUGCUAAAAUUGUUAAAAUUGGCAAAAAUUGUCAAAAUUGUAAAAAUUUGUCAAAAUUUUCAAAAUUGUCAAAAUUUUCAAAAUUGUCAAAAUUGUCAAAAUUUUGAGCUAAUAAGUCAAUAUUUUCAACUCAUCUCAAUACUACUGGAAACACUUCACUUUCUCAACUUGUUGACUUCCAUCGUCUUGAUCCUUGAAACAUAUCCCGGGUUUGCUCGGGAUAUCCCUACUAUCAUCAAUACCCUGACAACCUACGUUAAGAGUUCAAAGUACGCAAAGUGACACAAUUAUUUUUAACAAUAACUAUAAAAACUAUCCAAAAAACCAAAUCCCUUAUUAAGUAACGAUUCAGAAUAUAAAACCAGUGAAAAACAACAAUACUACUAAAAAGUUCUGAAGCGAAAGUGUAAGAAUUAAGCCUGUGAUAAUAGAUUUAUUUGUUUUUCAUAUCUCUUGCAAACAAAAAGAAAUAAAAAAAAACCAACAGAAAACGAAUGCUCGAUAACGAACAGCAACAGCUGGGAUAACACUUACUUACUCAAGCUGAGAAGUAAAGCAACAAAAUCAGUCCACCCAAAACAGAAAUACGUAAAAUAUUCCUAUCAUCAUUUGUCACGCGUGACACAUGACAAAAAGGCUUCCGAGGAGCGAAAUUGAUGAGAAUACAAGUAAAAAUAAGCAGAGAAAGGGAGAUGUUAAGUAAGCUUUAUGUAGGCAACAGUCAAGCACAGGAUGAAAAACAACCAAGCGAAAUAUUCGUUAAGAAUAAAAGGUAUACCGAUUUUUUACACAAGUAUGUUAAGUACCCAACAUAUAAGUUAUUGUACUUUAGUAGCUAAACAAAACAAAAACAACCUAAACACGUGGAAACCGAAUGCCAAUUGUCUGAGCAGAAAAAAAUGCUGACCGAAACUGUAUACGUAACUAAUGAUAACGAACAAAGAAGAGUCAAUGUGUUUUAUUUUUAAUCCUCUAUUAGCUUAUUUACGACACCGAGAACACGGGAGAUUUCAGUUCCAUAACCUUGAAGAAGUAUACAAAUUUUGGGGGCGAAACGUCGUCCCACGUUGAUCGAUGAGAGUUGACAAACAAAAAAAAACUAACCUAAA